GAGUGUUGACGAGAGAGAGAGGGAGAGAGAGAGAGAGCAGCAGUGUUGCACAGCGCCGGAAGGGCGAUCGCAGCCAGCACACGCACACUAGUCGUCCUGUUCGCACUCGAGGCAAAUGUCAAAGUCUGUUCAGUAGCAAAACAGAAUUGUCGCCGAGAAAAGGCCGAAUCACCGACAAAAUUAGCCAUUAGCAGCUCUUACGUAUAGAUUAGGCCAACAAAACGACACAACGCAUCCGUGUGCUUCCCAAUGGAGUCGGCCAAGGAUUUUGUGCAGGCCAAGUACCAGAACUUAUGUAACUUCCUGGAGCGGGACACUCUUGGCAGCGAGGUGGCCAUCUACGGCACCUCGGCCCUGAUGCUGGCCGUGGCCUAUGCGAAAAGGAAGCCCGCCUACCUGGUGCGCCAGUUCAAGCAGCCCUCCCAUAUCCCAGAGCGUUUGAUCAGCGAGCGUGUGAUGCACACGGGCAAAAUCGCAGCGGUCAAGCAACAGGAGCAGGACACUCUGCUGAUGAUCCAGCACAGACCUCUGAUCCCAAUCUUCACCAGCCGCCGACGUCUGCUGCCUGUGAAGCUCCCAGGCGUGCGGGUGAAUGCCAACGGUUACUCCUGGCUGCAGCAGUGCCUCAUUGGACGUGAAGCCACAUUUCUGCCCCUUAAGUCUCCCAAAGGACAGGACUUUGUCGUCUGCCAGCUGUGCCUGGUCCAUCCGCCCAAGGGCAACCGCCUGCUGGACGUCUCGGAGACCCUGCUCAAGCUCCGCUUCGCCCGAUUCGUCCAGGAUGCUGCCUCUGGAGUCAAGAGGAACGGCAAGUACUACCAGCACCUGAAGAAGGUGGAGCAGACGACCGCUGAGAAGGAGGCCUUCCUGUCCUGGGCCUCUGGCUAUCCCUACAUCUGGCGGCGCUACCACGAACUGAAGCAGCGCCUGCUGCCCAAGGAGAAGCUGCUGCCGGAGCUCGUGCGCUGAUCUCGAGCUCCCAGACCCUGCCUUUAACUUAAUUGAGGGACAGCUCCUCCCUACCAUUAGCUUAGUUCUAGGGUCAGCUACUCCUCAUCUUUACUUUAUGUGCUUUUUAAACCAGCUUGUGCAUUUGUGUUAGGCAUUGUCAAAUAGAUUGCCAUAAAAAUGUCUCUAAGACCCAACGAAGACAAAACAUUUUGAAAAAAUACACCAUUAAUUGUGUAAACUAGGCACAAAUUCACAACUCAGUCUAAAAAGUACAAUAGUUUUAGGGCUAGCUAGCUACUAGCCAAACCAACGAAACCAACGACAAUCGAUGCCCAGGCGGUACGUGAUCGUGUGCUAAUUUCCACACCCAGUAAAAACCGCUGGCGUUUCUUUUGAAUGUUCAAAUAAACAAAAUGUUUUUACUACGGAUGACAUCAGUGCGUGUGCCUGUGUGUGUGUGGAUGUUUCCCAAAUAAAACGAUAAAUACUUAA